AUGAGGAUUUUCCAGUGGUUGCUCUCGCGAUCUGCCAGCAUUGUUCACCGAGACCGAGAGGGCAUGGCUGCACUUCGCUGGGCUGCGCUGAAAGGUCACGUGCAGGACUCGAGGGCGUUGGUCGUUCUUUCAAGGUUGUUCACUCAGAUCUGCGUGCGACCCAGCGAGUCGUCGCCGUCUGUUCUGGAGACGCCGAUGCAGGCGGAGACGCUGAUUUAUGCGGCAGCUUCAGCCAUCAUUGUCGAGAACGUGAACGACCCGCACAAGCAAGAGUUCCUGAGGGGGCACGAUGCAGAGGUUUCAGCUCUCGACGUUUCCCUGAAUGGCAAGCUUCUGGCGAGUGGCCAGCUCGGUUCGCCAAGCAGGAAGGGAGCAGUUGCGCCCGUGGUAGUUUGGGAUUUUGACAACCGGAGUCGGUACAUCGACUUCCAUGGUCUAGCACACUCAGUCCUUUGCGUCAAGUUUUCGCCGGAUGGACGCUUCCUCGUUGCAGCCGGUGCCAACCAGAUGCUGUACGUCUGGGAUGUGUCAACCGGUGAGGUUGUCUACAAUCGUAGGACAGAAAGCCCAUGCUUCCUUGGUGUUUGGGGUCCCAUUCUGGAAACUGGGCGAUAUCCGUCCUAUCAGCUUUGCACCACCUAUGACAGCCAAGUUCUGUACCAUCUCAUGAGCUUCGACAUGCGGUCGAUGUCAUAUUCGCUUGGCAGUGAUGCCAUGCAAUUUCCUCCCUCUGGCCUGCAGCGGAAGCACAUCUGCGGCCUGGUGGUCGCAGAUUUCCUGAUAACAGGUACUUCUGCUGGAGAUAUGUGUGUGUUCAGCUUGAAGACGAAGGUUUUCCGCACGGCCCUCCCCAUUUGCAACAACGGUGUUACAGGGAUAGCGCAGUAUGGAGACUUCCUCUUCGUGGCUGGCGGCGACGGGAGGGUCAAAGCCGUUCGUGGCUUUGACACGCAUUGGGACGUCCUCGCAGAGAAUGUUCUAGAAGCUGGAGUGACGGCACUCACGCCUUCGGCCGAUGGUGCAGAACUAAUUGCUGGUACAAGGAAUGGCAAGAUGUGGAGACUUUUGUCCUCGGAUCUAACAGCCACCUUGCAAAGUGCCUCGCACACUGGCGAGGUGACAGAUAUCUCGUUUGGAGCGAAAAGCGAUGUGGUGUGCACCACAUCGGACGCCGGUGAGGUCUUUCUCCUGGACCUUUCGGACUACAUGCCCGUCACUUCGGCCCUGGCGAAGUCGCCAGUUCGAAGUGCCGUCAUUGCGAGCAAUGGAGAGAUCCUCGCUGGUUAUGACGACGGCUUCCUGCGUGCCUGGUCUGCCGAGAAGGGCGGCAGCAGACUGCUGUGGCAGGUGAACUGUCACAGGCAAGGGGUGACAGUGGUGCGGGAGUCCGCCAACUUCAUCGUGACCGGUGGUGGAGACAGUGCUGUGCGCUUCUGGCAGCGAAGUUCGAGGGAACUCCUCUCGUCUUUCCAAAACCACCGCAAGCCAGUAGCUGAUCUCGUUUUGGACGAGGUGAGCCCGCACGUGGUUCACUCUGGAAGCGAGGACAAGCUGGUUGUGACGUAUGACCUCAAACAGAACAAGGCACUCGUCCAGCACACGUCGCUUGGUGGAAACAUCACCAACCUUUCGCAGCGCAAAGACCGCGACAACGAGGUGGUAAGUUGUGCGCAAGAUGGGAAGCUCCUGUUCUGGGACGUGGACUAUCCUGAUCCAACAGGCUGCAUUGACAGCCCAACGGGGAUGCCGCUCAGACUGCGGUGUUGCGAAGUGUCCCCAAAUGGUCGCUACAUCGUGGCGGGUUGCGAUGAUUCUAGGAUGUACAUCUACGACCUGGUGUCGUGUCAAUGCAUACAAGAAUGCGACGGACAUUCAGGUGGGCUGUCGCAGGUUCGUUGGAGCCCAGACCAGAAGCAGAUCAUCAGUGCAGGGAAGGUGGGGCCUCCUAGGACGCAGAUUCACACCGUCUGCCGCUUGGUUUCCGAGAAAAACAAGUCCCGGCCGGCUUCGGCAAACUCUUCCGCGUUGAAAUCCGGAGGUCGAAACCUCUCCCACGUGACGACAGCUCCACCAAACCCAGUUUGCUGUGCUGCUUGCAGUCGUGUACUACUUGUAGGAGCCUAA